CCUCCCUCUCCAGUCUCCACCCUCCACCCUCCGCGCCGACGCCUCUCCAGUCUCCAGUCGCCACCACCCCCACCGACCAUUUGCCGCGUUGGCGUUGCCGGAUCCUCGAAGCAGUCAGCCCAGCCCACCUCCGCCCGGACCCGAGAACCCGCGCGCGCCCGUAUUAAUAACGGCCACCUCGCUCCCCCGAAGGCCGAGGGAAGCGCACGCACCUAGCGACGGACCAGCACACAGAUUCGUUCCACGCCCCACCUCGUCCGCGCUCCCAGAUCUCGCGCGCCUCCCGCAAGGGUAAUUUGAGCCAUGGGCACAGUUGUGGAUGCCGCUCCAGCUGUUGUGGCUGAGGAGGUCACUGAGAACAUGUUGGGUGGCAAGAAAGUUACAGUUGUAUUUGUUCUAGGUGGUCCUGGAAGUGGAAAGGGCACACAAUGUGCCAACAUUGUGGAGCACUUUGGAUUCACCCAUCUUAGUGCUGGAGAUCUUUUGCGUGCAGAAAUUAAAUCUGGCUCUGAGAACGGAACCAUGAUCGAGAACAUGAUAAAGGAGGGAAAGAUUGUUCCAUCGGAGGUGACUAUAAAGCUGUUGCAGGAGGCAAUGAUAAAAAAUGAAAAUGACAAAUUCCUGAUUGAUGGAUUUCCAAGGAACGAGGAGAAUCGUGCAGCGUUUGAGAAUGUUACCAAAAUUUCUCCUGCGUUUGUGCUAUUCUUUGACUGUUCUGAGGAAGAGAUGGAGAGACGUCUCUUGGGCCGCAAUCAGGGAAGAGUUGAUGAUAACAUUGAAACUAUCAAAAAAAGGUUUAAAACCUUUGUUGAAUCAAGUCUGCCUGUCAUUGAGCAUUACAACUCAAGGGACAAGGUUAAAAAGAUUGAUGCUGCAAAACCAAUUCCUGAGGUGUUUGAAGACGUCAAAGCCAUUUUUGCCCCAUUUUCUUCAAAGGCUGAAUAGAGCAAUCUAAGGGACAUGAUAAAGGUGAUACAUGGUGUCAUAGGCACCACACAAACAUAUCUGUGAUUAUGAACCCUUUAAUAUAGAACAAAAGUUUUGGCUCAUAUGAGCUACCAGCAUAUCAGUAGGCAAUUCGAUUUGUUACCAGCAAUAAGUAGAUCUGAUUCCCAGUGGUCCUGCUAGAGUAACAUUUUACCACUGUGUUGUUUAUGUAUCCUUUGAUGUUGUGUUGUACCAUUGUGUAAUUUUACUUUACGCACUGAUGAGACCUUGUGCCAUUCCACCAGGUUUCUUGUUUUAUUGAAAGUGUAAAACUGCUGUCAUAUUCUUUAUGCGUUGAAAUAUAUUCAUUGCACCGAACUUUUGUCA